UACCAAAAUAUGGAUCAAGAAUAUUUAGCAGAGAUAACACCAGAAUAUUUGGAUAUCAGCCCAAUAAUUGAAAUUAAUCCUUUUGAUUUGCAUGAAAAGCAAACAGAACAAGAGGAAACAUCUUUGGGAAACCAAAACAUAACGGAAGUAGUGUUUGACGGACAAUCACCUUACCCGGAAGAGGAAACUGAUGACCUUCUCGAGGAUGAAGAGUUGUUUUCGACCUUAGAAGAAGACGCAUGCGCUGACGUGUUUAGAAUUCCAAGGCUUUCUCAAGGUUUACAUGAAGCUGUAACAAAUAUGAGCGGUAUUGAAGACGUGGACAUCGUUAUUGACGAUAUUUUGAAAUCUAUCAAAAUGGAUGGAGCACACGUAGAAGAACUUCACUAUGUUGAUCAAUUCAUGCAAUUUGAUAAGGACAAAGGCAAUCUUACAAGUUGUUGCAAUGCUAAUGAGAGAAAUCCCUCAACAUCCAGUUUUCAAUCAAGAAAUUCUGCCAAACAGUUAGAAGAGUCGCUAUUAAGAAAAGAGAGAAUUCGGAAGGAGAAGCAUAAUAUAAUCGAACGUAGAAGAAGAUUCCAUAUCAAUGAUAGAAUAAAGGAACUGGCAUCACUUUUGCCCAAACCAGCACAUGGCAUUAUGACAUUGAAUAAAGGAUCGACUCUUAAAGCAUCCGUGGAAUAUAUAAAGAAAAUGAAGAAAGAGAAAGAGAUCCUAGAAGCACAUAACAGGAACUUGGAAUCUAAAUAUAAGAACGUGGUAGUGAAAUUGUUAACAAGAGUAUGUCAAUUAGAAGUAAAGAUGAAAUUGAACGAAAUAAAAGAGGAAGUUGAUGGUAUGAAAGCAAAGACCAAGCUACAUAAAGAAAAGCCAUGUGCGUUUGAAUCAAUGGUAAAAGAAAUGAGAAAAAACAAUACUCCAGCUAAGUCAGAUGAACAAUCAUCCGCGGCUACUCAGAAUUCGAAGCCAAAUGUAAACUCGCCACAAAUAGGUUGCACUUCAACUACGUGUACUCCCAAUACAUCUGUAUUUCAAGACUUUCAAUGCAAAACAGGAUUACGUGGUAACCCAGAAAACAGAAAAAUUAUUCAAAUCUCGGAGAAAAGUGUUCUAUCAAGUUUGGAAAGAAGUGUAAAGACCAGGUACCCUUUAGAUAGAAUGACCGAUGGCAUUCCACAGUGUCCAAAACCUUCCAAGGGCACGGAAAAUGAGAAAAUACGUAUUAAGAACUGCACACACGCUAAAAAGUCUACCAGUGAAGUCACAGACAUUGACUUUCUUGAUCUAACCGAUGAUAAUUUUCAUUUAAAGAAAUACGGUAGUUCAAAUGCUUCAUUUACAAAAGACAAAGUCUUAAAUGUAACUGAGGAAGACCCUUGUACAUCCACUUCUGGUUCCGUUCCCUUGAAUCAAAAACAAAAGAAAAGGUCAGCAGGUCAAAUAUAUGUGACCACCGAUAUCCUUGAAACUUUGUUACGAAGGUAA